CUGUGAGCUGCAUUCCCGUGCUUCUAAAGCCGUUUUUUCACAAUCGAAGCCUUGCAAAUUCAAUGGAAGUACCGUGAUUGCUAUGCCAGUAUGCCUAUGUACAAUUUAUUACGCCGGCGCUUGCGAAUAAAUUUAUCAACAAAGAGCUGCUCUUCUUUCAGAAUUUAAUUGAUCACUCCCUCCUAGCUAUCGAUUCCGUCAGCGCUUGUUUCCGCAACAUAAUAUGUCGAUUCUACCUGCGUGUUUUGGAAGCACUUGCCAGUAUCAAUACGAUGAUUGUGACUUCAUUGGAAAAGGAAGCUUUGGCAAGGUUUACAGAGCCAGCAUUACGGAGCGAGGCAACUAUGCUGGGUCAGAUGUUGUUGCUGUAAGAUGUUUUUAUGUACACGGGAAGAGAUUUUUGAAGAAUCCAGAAAACUAUGCCAGACUGAGGGAAAGAUUUGAAAAGAUGCUGGAGCUGAAGCACGGCCACUUGGCAAACUAUCAUCAAAUCUCCAUUAUCCCCACACUUGGUAGUGUAGAUGUAGAUUUAGUCAUGGACUAUUAUCCUGCAGGCAACCUGAAAAUUAAAUUGGAAGGGAUGAAAGACAGCGGAAUCCUUCUGAAUGUUGGAGAUGCCCUCAGUCACGCACAGGACCUGGCUGACGGACUGGCGUUCCUGCACGAGAACGGCAUAACUCACGGCGAUCUGAAGCCAGGAAACGUGCUAAUCGAUGGCUCCAACGCCCAACGCGACAUUCUGCGCAUAUCCGACUGGGAUGGCCUCGUUACACUGCAACGCUGCAGCGUUACAUCGCUUGAUUACGAGCAUUUCCGCAGUAGCGAGCGCUACAUGUCGCCGGAAAUGUUGCGUGCGAUAGGACCAUGGGAAAACCUUACCUCGUGGCCCUCGAUGCCCGGCUCGGCCACCGACGUGUGGAGCUUGGGAUGUGUCUUGCUGCAGUUGAUUCGCAGUAUCACGGGCAAUUACAGAGAAUCACUGCAGCAUCCGGUCAGUGGAGUGGUGCUGGGUGCUACUCAAGCUAUCACGGACCUGGCUUUUUCGAAAGCGGUAAAUGAAGGGUAUAUUCCUGUCGUCUGUGACGACGCGCCUGUUCCAUCGGAGCUAGCCGCCUGCACUCGCAACUCCCUUUGUUUCGCCAGUAGCCAGAGAAUAUCUGCGCGGCAGCUGUUGACUCAACUGUCCCAGACCAACGAGAACCACAAACCGUUAACGUGAUUGGCUUACGGUCCGUGUUUCACACAUAAAGACCGGCUUGUGGGAGUACUCACAUCGCAUGUACAUCUUAUUACUAUUAUUAUUAUUGUUUUUCGCUUUCUCCCACGUCACUGCGGUUGUUGUUUGCGAUUCGCAUGUUCUUUAUCUUGGUAGCAGUGUAUAUGCUCCUCGGAGUCUAUAUAAGUUUCUGUUCUUGCUAAUAUUGGUAUCAGACUUGCGGGUUCUAAUCUUGAGACUUGUUUGCUAGCUUUCCAGUUGUUGUGGAAUUCGUUGAGAGUUAAGGGAAGUGGCCCGGUACAUGGUACCAAAUUCGUGUACAUGCACGAAAUCUUUCACUUUCGCGCACUCCCAAACCCUAUUUUCUCUUGUUUUAUGACAUUCUGUAGCCAA